AAACGGCUGUUGCUCCGAAAUCGCCAUUGAUUUACCCUUGCUCAGACUCUUCACAAGUCACCCGUGAGGUUUAAAUUUCAAAGCCUUUUUUGCCAAGACUCUGCCAAAUUUAAUCACCAAAAAUGCGUGAAUGUAUCUCCAUCCAUGUCGGCCAGGCCGGAGUCCAGAUGGGCAAUGCCUGUUGGGAGUUGUACUGCCUGGAGCAUGGUAUCCAGCCCGAUGGCCAGAUGCCCAGUGACAAGACCAUCGGAGGCGGUGACGACUCCUUCAACACCUUCUUCAGCGAGACUGGUGCUGGCAAACAUGUCCCAAGAGCCGUCUUCGUCGAUUUGGAACCAACAGUAGUCGAUGAGGUCCGAACCGGAACAUACCGCCAGCUCUUCCAUCCCGAGCAACUCAUCACUGGUAAAGAGGAUGCCGCCAACAACUAUGCCCGUGGUCACUACACCGUCGGAAAGGAACUUAUUGACUUGGUACUAGAUAGGCUACGUAAACUUGCCGAUCAGUGCACAGGUCUUCAAGGAUUCCUCAUCUUCCACUCCUUCGGUGGCGGCACCGGAUCCGGAUUCACCUCCCUCCUCAUGGAGCGUCUCUCCGUCGACUACGGCAAGAAGUCUAAGCUGGAGUUCGCCAUCUACCCUGCCCCUCAGGUAUCAACAGCUGUUGUUGAGCCAUACAACUCCAUCCUGACCACCCAUACAACCUUGGAGCAUUCUGACUGCGCCUUCAUGGUCGACAACGAGGCCAUCUACGACAUCUGCCGCCGUAACUUGGACAUCGAGCGACCAACCUACACCAACUUGAACAGGCUUAUCGGUCAGAUCGUUAGCUCCAUCACCGCUUCCCUGCGAUUCGAUGGUGCCCUCAAUGUCGACAUCACUGAGUUUCAGACCAACUUGGUGCCCUACCCACGAAUUCACUUCCCUCUGGCGACCUAUGCUCCAGUCAUCUCUGCCGAGAAGGCCUACCACGAGCAGCUCUCUGUGUCCGAGAUCACCAACGCCUGCUUCGAGCCAGCCAACCAGAUGGUGAAGUGUGACCCUCGUCACGGCAAGUACAUGGCCUGCUGCAUGUUGUACCGAGGUGAUGUUGUCCCCAAAGAUGUUAACGCUGCCAUCGCCACCAUCAAGACCAAGAGGUCCAUCCAGUUCGUCGACUGGUGUCCAACUGGUUUCAAGGUCGGAAUCAACUACCAGCCACCAACUGUCGUUCCUGGAGGUGACUUGGCCAAGGUUCAGCGUGCCGUCUGCAUGUUGAGCAACACCACCGCCAUCGCCGAGGCCUGGGCUCGUCUUGAUCAUAAGUUUGAUCUUAUGUACGCCAAGCGUGCCUUCGUCCACUGGUACGUCGGAGAGGGUAUGGAGGAGGGCGAGUUCUCCGAGGCCCGUGAGGAUUUGGCUGCCCUAGAGAAGGAUUACGAAGAGGUCGGUGUCGACUCCGUUGAGGCCGAGAACGAAGAAGAGGGGGAAGAAUAUUAAACACGGCCCUCUUGGUGACCCACUAUCAACGAAACAACAACAUAUCACGUGACUAGCAUUACAAAAAACAUUCCUAAAAAACUGAUCCAACAUGGAAAACAAACUCAACUACAUGUAUACCUCGUUUCCAGGGUGUCACACUCCUAGUCCAGAUGGAAUUGAGAGGCCCUUGGAUCAAGGUAGAGUGGUGAGAGGAACUUGUGAACGUUUUUUUAACCCUCGCUGACAAUAUUGUAGUUAAAUUAUUUUGGACGAUUAUUUAAUAAGUUGAAGUGUGGUCGAAGAUGAAAUAAAAUGAAUAACUUAAAAAGAUGGCGUUA